AUGGAUAAGGGUUACUCAUGGUACAUUGCUGUAAUUUUUGUUUUCGGUGAAACUGCCGGAUCUGGCUUAGUGGCUCUACCAAGCUCAAUGCUAUCUCUAGGCCUCCUUGGCGGGAUCUUAACAUUAAUAGCAAUGGGAGUCGUAACGUUUUAUACAGCAUAUUUACUGAGCAAUAAUUGGAUUAUAUUAAAAUCAAGAUGGAGCGAGUAUGCCGACCAUUGUAGAAAUCCUUAUCCUGAAAUGGGAUUUCGCGCUUUGGGACCAUAUAUGGCAAUUUUCACCAAUGCAUGUUGUCAUAGUACAGCAUUUGGAGGAGGAGCGGUUUUCGCCCUUCUCGCUGCAAAAACACUCGGAGAAGUACUCAACGGAUUAGGAAUUACAGUUUCAACCUGCACAAUGCUCGUAGCAGUUGGCGUUAUUUUGUGGCCGUUUAUUAUGCUCAAAAGUCCCAUGCAUUUUUGGCAAGUUUCCAUUGUCGCUGCGUUUUCUACACUUACAGCUGUCGUUUUAAUAAUAAUUGGGUACACAAUGGACAGCGCAGUCUGUAUUAAAGAAGCCUCUUAUCCUGAGAUCAAUCCUCAAUCAAUUUCGUCAAGUCUCGCUACAAUCAUAUUCGCCUACGGUGGUCAUCCAUGUAUUCCUACAAUUAUUCACGAUAUGAAGACUCCUCAGCAUUUCUUUCGAACAUGUCUAAUUAGCUAUGUAGGACUUUUUUUGAUUUAUGCCCCGGUGUCAAUAUUUGGAUAUUGGAUUUACGGAUCGAGUGUGACAGAUUCUGUGAUUUCAUCAGUCCAAAACGACACAGUUCGCCGGAUAGUUUCAAUUCUUAUUGCGACACAUGUUUUCUUUUCUAUUCUAAUUAUUGUAAAUCCUUUAAUGCAAUUCUCAGAGCACAUUCUAAAAAUCAAGCAUGAAUUUGGAAUAGGCCGAUUUCUCGUUAGAACAACGGUAUUUUCAGCAAUCAUUUUAAGCGCUGCAGUUGUUCCAAACUUUGGGCUUGUUAUUAAUUUGGUUGGAGGCUCGUUCCUUCCAUUUUUAGUUCUGAUAUUACCAGUGAUUCUAGCAGCAAUGUUAGAAGCUGGAAAGAAACUGGAAAAUGAAGGAAUAAAAAAUCCAGUCACAUUAAAAAUGAUUCUGAAGACACACCCGACUUGGAGAAUUUUCUUGGAUUUGUCAAUAUUAAUUCUAGGAAUUUGGAUUUUAAUAAACUCAAUGUGGAACUCAAUAUUGACAUUGAUUUUUUCCUCGAGCGCAUCUACAAUGUCGUGCUUCAAACAAUGGCUCAGUACGGAAUUCGUUAAUGUGUCACUUUCUAAUCAUUUCCAGUGUUGCGGUGCAUUCCGGUCAAAGUUUACCCUUCUUCUUAUAUGCGGUAUUCUUUUAAUAGGAAUUGUCGAUGCGAGAAAGAAUUCAACCAAAUUUGGUAAACCUGGAACCGUCGAUGUGAAUGAAACCAACAUUAGAACAGAUAUCGAAUUACCCGAUGAAUCAAAACCAACGCCUCAAUUAAAACCACUGCCCGAAGAGCCGACUACAAAGAAAGUGGAAACGCAGAAAACUCAAAAGCCUGCUUCUGAAAAACCAGAACAACUGCCUAUAGAGAAGACUGUUCCUGAAAAACCAGAGCAACUGCCUAAAGAGAAGACUGUUCCUGAAAAACCAGAGCAACUGCCUAAAGAGAAGACUGUUCCUGAAAAACCAGAGCAACUGCCUAAAGAGAAGACUGUUCCUGAAAAACCAGAGCAGCUGCCUAAAGAGAAGACUGUUCCUGAAAAACCAGAGCAACUGCCUAAAGAGAAGACUGUUCCUGAAAAACCAGAACAACUGCCUAAAGAGAAGACUGUUCCUGAAAAACCAGAACAACUGCCUAAAGAGAAGACUGUUCCUGAAAAUCCAAAACAACCCGAUCAAGAGACGCAUGCCCCUGAAAUAGAAGAUCAACCGACUCAACCUCCGCCCGAGGCCCCAGUGUCAAAACUUCCAGCUCCAAAAUCUCCAGCCGCAACAGAAGAAAAUAAUCCAAAACCAGCAAAUUCUUCAGGAAAUGCAAAAAAAAAUGAAGGCGGCGAAGAACAAUCGGGAUCCAAAUACGAUAAGUCAAAUAAAAUGAACAUUGCCCAAACUAAAAUGAGAUCGAAAGGAUUUGGAGUCAUUUUUGCCAUCCUUACUGGAAUAAUAUGCUUCAUUUAUGUGACUCAUUGGGCAGUGUUCGUAUGGCUUCUCUCAGUUCUAUCAAAGCAGAAGAAGUGA